UCCUCUGUGGGAGUGUUUGCCGCCGCUGCGGCCGCCGCCGGGAGUUUCCUCAGGCUCCUGGUUUCCCUGCCUUGCCAGCCACGCGGAGUCCGGGGAGGCAAGCGGAGCCUCCGUGCCGAUAACCCACACCGCCCACGCCUUUUCCAGCCCGAGAUCGCCCGGCAGGGAUGGGCGAAAAGACCUGGCUGCCCUUCCCGGUGCUGCUCCUCGCCGCUCUGCCCCCGGCGCUGCUGCCCGGGGUGGCGGGCUUCACGCACUCCCUGGACAGCGACUUCACCUUCACGCUGCCGGCCGGCCGGAGGGAGUGUUUCUACCAGCCCAUGCCCCUGAAGGCCUCGCUGGAGAUCGAGUACCAGGUUUUAGAUGGAGCAGGAUUAGAUAUUGAUUUCCAUCUUGCUUCUCCAGAAGGAAAAACCUUAGUUUUUGAACAAAGAAAAUCAGAUGGAGUUCACACGGUAGAGACGGAAGUAGGGGACUACAUGUUCUGCUUCGAUAAUACAUUCAGCACCAUUUCUGAGAAGGUGAUUUUCUUUGAAUUAAUCCUGGAUAAUAUGGGAGAACAGGAGCAAGAACAAGAGGACUGGAAGAAAUAUAUUACUGGCACAGAUAUGUUGGAUAUGAAACUAGAAGAUAUCCUGGAAUCCAUCAACAGUAUCAAGUCCCGACUAAGCAAAAGUGGUCAUAUCCAAACUCUUCUUAGAGCAUUUGAAGCGCGUGAUCGAAAUAUACAAGAGAGCAACUUUGAUAGAGUCAACUUUUGGUCUAUGGUUAAUUUAGUGGUAAUGGUGGUGGUGUCAGCCAUUCAAGUUUAUAUGCUGAAGAGUCUAUUUGAAGAUAAGAGGAAAAGUAGAACUUAAAACUCCAUAUCAAAACUCCAUAUUGAAAAAGAGACAGAAAAAUGCAAUGAACUGUUACAGUCAAGACCAUAAAUAGUAUUUCCAAAAUGUUUUCAAUUAUUACCAUAAGUGAAACAAUUUUAAUUUUAAUGUGAAAGAAAAGUCUUCACUUUCGUCUGUGCAAGUAAUCUUAUUGCUCUGGUUAUACUUAAGUGCAUAGCAAAUAUUUUGCAGAGUAUAGGUAUAAUUGAAUGAAGCCAUAUUAAUAAUGGCAUUUUCCUGUUUAAAAAAAAUGCAAAUGUGUCAUAGGUGAUUU